AUGGAAGAGCCAGCUGUGAUCCCGGAGAAGACUGGGCAAGCGGGGACGGGCGCCGGGUCCGGCCCGGAGUUAUCCUCGACAGCAGCACAGAAGAAGAGAAGUCGCAUCCGCUUCUCUUGCACAACCUGCAGGGACAAGAAAUUGAAAUGUGACCGCCAAACCCCAUGCGACCAGUGCAUGAAGCGAGGGAUAGAGGCCACUUGUGAAUUCAUCCCCUAUGUCACUGGCGGGUCCCGCCCCGGACCGGCUCUUCCUGCGCGUCAUCACCCAAGAGACGCCACGAAUCCUGCUACGACGACAGCACCUGCACCUGACAGCCACCGCUCCAAGCCCGCUGCCAACGACUCGGCCGUGCAAGCCCGGCUCCGACACCUUGAGCACCUCGUCCAGGUUCUCAAAGCCCAACGCCGUGAAGCUGUCCCUGUUGAAUCAACCGCCGGUGUGGCCGCCGACUUUGGUGACGAUUUCCAGGAGGAUGACCUUCCCCGCAUAUCAGCCCGCGUCAGAGAGACGGCUGGAAUGAUUUUGAGCGAUUUGCGUUACGUUGAUGCCUCCCACUGGGAAUCUAUCCUCAGCGAUGUUCUAAGUAUCACCGGAAGUCUGGACAGACCUGAAGAUGUGUUCCAGGACGAUGAUGACCCCAUUGUUCCGCCCAAACCUGAGCGUCAAGGACAACCCGACUUGUUGUUGGGCGGCUGGCCAAGGCUCUCUGUCGAAGAGCUGGUUCGCUAUCUGCCUCCUCGUGCUAUUGCUGACCGACUGCUUGCCCGUCUAUUCCAGGCCAAAGAACCAGGAUGGAUCAUGUUCCACAUGCCCAGUCUUCUCAGGCACUACGAAACCUUUUGGGAGCACCCCGCCGCCAUGACUUACACCGAGCUCGCCCUUCUCUUUGCCAUGUUCUGCAAUGCCUCGUUGUACUAUAUGAAAAGUGGCGAAGAGCUGCCCGGCAGACUCGGCGAUGCUGGAGAGGCGUACAGGAUCUACAAGGCCCGGUGUGCCCAGUGUCUGGUUUUGGGUGACUACACCAAGCCCUGGCGCUACAAGCUUGAAGCCAUGAUUCUUUACUUUGGGUCGGAAUAUCUCGGCCAACAGGACGCACAUAUCAACGUCUCGGUCAUACUGUCCAUUAUCGUCCGCCUUGCCAUGCACAUGGGCCUGCACCGAGACCCGAAGCACUAUCCAGACAUGUCCCCAUUCGAGGGGGAAAUGCGCCGGCGGCUGUGGACCGUGUUGAGAGACGUGGAUAUUCUGAUUGGUUUUCAGUUUGGUCUGCCAGGCAACAUACCAAACGAUUUGUACGACACAGCCCUUCCGCGAAACCUUCACGACGAGGACUUUGACGAGAACACCUUAGAGUUGCCCCCAUCACGACCAGAAACAGAGAAAACGGUGACGUUGUGGUGCAUCAUGAAGGGCCGCAUCGUCAAUGUCUUUUCCGAAAUCACCACGGCCAUGAGCUCGCGAAAGGCGCCGGGGCUUUCCGACAUUAUGCGCAUGGAUCGAAAGAUUGACGAGCUUGCGACGCAGUUCCCGCCCAGCCUCCGCUAUCGACCUUUCAGCCAGUCGGUGGUGGACCCGGUAGACAUUAUCAUGCAACGGUACCAGCUCGAGCUGCUGUUUCUCAAGUGCCGCAUCGUCCUGCACCGACGGUACAUGGGUUACGCCCGCAAAGACAAGCGGUACGAGCACUCUCGGCGUGUCUGUCUCGAAGCUGCGACGAAGACGCUCCGUCAUCAGUACGACGUUCAUUGCGAGCUUCAGACGGGCGGCCGCUUGUCACACGAGCGCAGCCAUUGGUUCUUGAGCAGUUUGAGCACCCACAACUUUCUUUUGGCGGAUAUGAUCCUCUGUCUAGAGCUGUGGUUUCUCAAAGCCAGGGAAGGGCGGAGCCCUCCGGCCGUUGAGCAGUCUCCCGAGAUGAUCAUGACGAAGGACCAGAUUCUGGAUAUCUUGCGGACAUCACGGCUGAUUUGGCAAGGGAGGCGAAAGGAGUCGGCCGAGGCCAACAAGGCGUUCAACAUUCUCACAAAGAUGCUGUCUUUGUCCACGGGCGAGAGCCUUGAUGGGAGCCCAGAGUCGAGUAACAAUAGCGCAUACGACAGGCUUGAGACUUCUUCGUAUCCGGCAGUGCCAGUUAUGACGUUUGCUGGUCUGGAGACGGGGCUGCAUCCAGCGCCGGUGCUCGGGUCGCAAGCUCCGCCGACGAUAGUUCCCACGGGGUGGGCACCUGUUGCCGGAGGCGAGUUGCCGCUGGACGGGCAGGUGGCUGUCACUUGGGGACAUGGAUUCCAGCAAGACCUUCCAAAUUUGGGACAUGUGGAUGGGCUGAUGGAUCCGAAUUUGGGGGGUGAUUGGACACUCUGGGACAAUCAAAUCUUGAACUCCAGCGAUGGGGUAUCACAGAUACCAUGGGAUACGUUUUUUCAAGCAGGAGGAUAUGGGCUUUGA